UAACAGGGGGCGGAGGGCUCCGAAGUCUGGUUUUGGGCGGGAAUUGAAACCGCCGCUGAAGCCAACAAGAAUUUGAGAACUGUAAAUAGCAAGCCUUGAAAGGGACCAUGGUGCGGCCUGUGAGACAUAAGAAACCAGUCAAUUACUCACAGUUUGACCACUCUGACAGUGAUGAUGAUUUUGUUUCUGCAACUGUACCUUUAAACAAGAAAUCCAGAACAGCACUAAAGGAGUUAAAACAAGAUAAACCAAAAGCUAACUUGAACAAUCUCCAGAAAGAAGAAAUCCCAGUACAAGAGAAAGCCCCUAAAAAAAGACUCCCUGAAGGUACUUUUAGUAUUCCAGCUAGUGCAGUGCCUUGUACAAAGAUGGCUUUAGAUGACAAGCUCUACCAGAGAGACUUAGAAGUUGCACUAGCUUUAUCAGUGAAGGAACUUCCAGCAGUCACCACUAAUGUGCAGAAGUCUCAAGAUAAAAGCAUUGAAAAACAUGGCAAUAGUAAAAUAGAAACAAUGAAUAAGUCUCCUCAUAUCUCUAAUUGCAGUGUAGCUAGUGAUUAUUUAGAUUUGGAUAAGAUUACUGUGGAAGACGAUGUUGGUGGUGUUCAAGGGAAAAGAAAAGCAGCAUCUAAAGCUGCAGUACAGCAGAGGAAGAUUCUUCUGGAAGGCAGUGAUGGUGACAGUGCUAAUGACACUGAACCAGACUUUGCACCUGGUGAAGAUUCUGAGGAUGAUUCUGAUUUUUGUGAGAGUGAGGAUAAUGACGAAGACUUCUCUAUGAGAAAAAGUAAAGUUAAAGAAAUUAAAAAGAAAGAAGUGAAGGUAAAAUCCCCAGUAGAAAAGAAAGAGAAGAAAUCUAAAUCCAAAUGUAAUGCUUUGGUGACUUCGGUGGACUCUGCUCCAGCUGCCAUCAAAUCAGAAUCUCAGUCCUCGCCAAAAAAGGUUUCUCUUUCUUCAGAUGCCACUAGGAAACCAUUACAAAUAAGCAGUCCUUCAGCUGAAAGCAAGAAACCUAGAUGGGUCCCACCAGCAGCAUCUGGAGGUAGCAGAAGUGGCAGCAGCCCACUGGCAGCAGUGCCUGUGAAGUCUCCCAGUCAGAGUCUCCGCCUUGGCUUGUCCAGAUUAGCACGAAUUAAACCUUUGCAUCCAAAUGCCACUAGCAGCUGAGUGUGGUACCAGAGGAAUGUUUGCUUGAGAGAAUCACAGCUUUACAAGCAUGUUUAUAUUUGAUUUGUGUUUAUAUUUGAGGCAGGUAUUGUAAUACAAAGGAAUCCAUUACCAUGUCCUAUAAAUGACCUCUAGCCAUUUUAUGAUUAUGUUCUCUGUAAAACUCUUCAAGACUUCAAUGAGAAGUUUGUUUAUAAGAAUUACCUUCUCAUACUUUUCCUUGUGAAGAGUGUAUUCUGUUUUUCUAUCAGUUCGACAUGAAGUCCACAUCACAUGCUGUUCUUUUCUUGUUACAUGAUGUGCCUUUCUAGCUUUGUCUAGUUUAUAGCACCUUAGGGGCAGAGGGAAACAUUCUUAUUUCUUUCAGAAGACAUUUCUCAAAUCUUAUAAGCUACUUAAGCUACAUUGUCAGUUUUAUCGCAAAGAUGUUUUGUAUUUUAGCCAUAUCUUUUUAUAGUACAAACUCGGAAUUAUUUUACACACUAAAAUGGUUGCAGUUUUAUGGCAUGUGUCUCCUAUUUAGAUGGUUAUUCUCUAGAAAAUAGAAUUUAAAGACAUUUUAUGAAAUCUUCAUUGUCAAAACCUUUAAUAAAAGUGGAAAUAUUUUGAAAUGCCCUUUUUCUUGAUACUACUCAUCCACGUGUUCCUGAUUGUCCACAUUUCAUGAUAAAAUGAGAGCUCUGCAGAGAAUGUUAGCCUUUUUGUUGUAAAUAUAAUCUUCAAGUAGUCACUUUUUGUUAAGUUCUUUAGAAAGUAGUUGUCAAGUACUUAGUCAUCCCUGUUAUGAUAUUAGAUAAUACAGCUUUUCAGGAAGCUUAGAUCUGGAUUUGCUUUGAAAAACAAUUGUAAUGAAUAUUUUAUAUUUACGCUGAGAAUUUCAACUAGCUUCUCAUCAAUUUUUAAUAACAUUUUCAAAUCAUGUUAACUGUUAUAAAAUGUAUAAUACUUAACUCAGUUUUUCUUGGUUUAUGGAAAUAUCUAUGUUAAUGUGAAAAUAAUUAAUUUAGAAUUGUGAUUAAAGUGAGCAUUUGCCUA